CUGUGCACCGGCACUUAUGGUAUAGUGCGUAAUUAGUGAUGCCGCUCUAAUUCGUUGAAAGGGCCGAAUAAUUCUCUCAUACAUGACACUGGGAACGAAGGAAAUAUGAACGCUGUUAUAGCCUUGUGCCACUUCUGCGAAGCGCACGGACCUGGUGCAAUAUUUUGUACCCAAACACUACGAGACACAAAACUUGAAGAGCUCCAGUUGGAUCAACAGCAACUAGAUGGCAAAAUGUGCUCCGCCUGCAAUUCACUUGGACAAACCAAUGGUUUAUACAGCAAAGAUAAUGAAAGUGGGGCGACUUUUUUAAGCACACAAACCGCUGCAUUGCCUGACGUACAAUUGCUCGUUAAACAAGCAGCAGUACGGAGUCUUAGCUGUGAAAUAAAUUGCAAUAAAGACGGUGGAUUUGUAUUCUUCGGGGACUCUUCAAGGGGACAUGUAUUAAGCCACACUUUCCAAGUCAAUGAUCUGCAGGCUCGUGGGUUUUUCCAGCUCUUUUCCAUUAUUAUACUUAUGAAGGAUAAGUAUUUUCUCUUAAACACGAAACCCUUUCUGGCAGAACAUUUACGUAAAAUUUCUGCAGACAUCCAAAUGUCUGCAAAAAAAAUUAACGAGGAGACAAAAGAGCUUCCUCGACAACGUCGUUUAUCUAGCGCUCAAGUACUGGUGCAAACACCACGCUCUUUAGUGGAAUUAACUGGAGAAGAAAAUAUAUAUGCAUUUUUGCAUUCUCACUUUUCUUGGGUACUGUUAGCAGGUUCACGGUUCCUUACGGAGCAUGUUACUUUCGGAAAUCUACCGUGGCUGCCACCACAAAGUAGUGAUAGACCGCCGCAACAGCGACUGACAUAUAAUAUUACAUUGCCAAUGAUACAAAAGUACGAAGAAACUAUUAAUGACCCAGAACGAGAAGAAUUUUAUUCACUUCGCCAUGUAAAGGAGAUUGUCCGCCGAGAAUUCAACACGGUUGUCUACUGUGCACUAACAGGCGUAAAGAUAAUUGUUCGUGGAAGUUCAGAUAGUACGCUAAACUUCAUGCUUUGCCUGAAAAAGCUUUUACCGGAGCCGAUGCACAAUCUCAUGCGCAUUGACGCACAACAUCAGCACUCAAUCAGCUCUGAUUAUAAAAUUAUAUCAGUAUCGAAUGAAAUAGCAGUUCCUAUUGCAAGCAGUUCCGUGUACCGUAUAGAUUUUUUAGGUGGCUCAACAGACGGGCAUAAAUGUUGUGUAAAAUGGCCCGGAGAAUUGCCCAAAAAAUGGCCAGAUUUGAUGGUGAAAUUAAUGAAGGCAGUGGACGAAAAACGUUUCACACCUUUAGUGUUAAAUAAACAAACAAAAGUUCUCAUUGAGGAGUGGAAAAACAAAGUUAUUUGCUUGAACCGUGCAACGUCGUCCAAUGGUCAGGCGAAACUAAGAAAAGUAUUAGGCGUGCAACCGCAAGAUCAGCCAUUAAUUAAUUACUGGAGUGGACAUUUGCAAUAAGACGUCACUAUAAAAAUAAUAUAAAAAAAUUCUGAAAAUAAUGAAUUGUAUACAAACACAUUAUAUAAAUACAUAAAAAUCGUGUAAUAUAUUUACAUGUUAUAUUAA